UGUAAUUGACCUUUGAACUAUUAAUUAAACUCAACCAAAGCAAAAGCAAAGCAAAGUUUACUGUUGCUCUACUGGAUAUUGUACUGGUACAGUUAGUACAGGAGGCCACUUGAGAUGGCCCUUAGAUUAAGAACGGCCAUCCCUCGGCUCUGGCAGGCCCAGACCUUGCUUCCUGUGAGAUUCCAACAGACGUCUGCUCAGGAGGCAACAAAGGAAAAGAAGUUCCUCAUCUACAGAUGGGACCCUGAGAAGCCUGGUGACCGCCCACGUAUGCAAGAGUACACAGUGGACAUGAACCAGUGUGGUCCUAUGGUGUUGGACGCACUCAUCAAAAUAAAGAAUGAGAUUGACCCCACGCUGACCUUUAGACGCUCGUGCAGAGAAGGUAUCUGUGGCUCCUGCUCCAUGAACAUUGGAGGAGAAAACACUCUAGCCUGCAUAUGUCGUAUUGACGCCAACACGAGCAAGCCGGUCAAGAUCUACCCUCUACCACAUUUGUACGUCAUCAAGGACCUUGUUCCAGACCUGAGCAAUAUCUAUGACCAGUAUCGUUCGGUUGAGCCGUGGCUACAGAAGAGAGAAGAGAAGCCGGCCGGGGCUAAAGAGUACUACCAGUCCGUCGAGGACAGGAAAAAACUAGAUGGACUAUAUGAGUGCAUCCUGUGCUUCUGCUGCAGCACCUCGUGCCCCUCCUACUGGUGGCAUCCAGAGAAGUACCUGGGACCAGCUGUACUCAUGCAAGCCUAUCGCUGGAUGAUAGACAGUAGGGAUGACUUCCAGAAGGAGCGACUGGACAAUGUCUCUGAUCCAUUCUCAGUGUUCAAGUGUCAUACCAUCAUGAACUGCACCAAAACCUGUCCCAAGAAUCUCAAUCCUGGCAAAGCUAUUGCAGAGAUCAAGAAGAUGCUUGCAUCAGCAUGAUGAUAAUAACUAUUAUGUCUUAUCUUGCAUCAUAACAUUGUGUAGUAUUAUUUGUAAACAUUAAUUUGUGUAAAUAAAAUUCAUAAAUGUUUAUUUUAACAUUA